AUGAAUUACCAAGCAAUUACCGAAAUUCCAGAUAGCAAUACGAUAUUCCAUGACACCAUUUUUAUGAGAAACAACAAACACGUCUCGGAGCAAUGGAUUCGUAUUGGCGAAUUGUACCCCAAUGGUGCGAAGGAAUCAUUGCUCCCGGAGACGUUUGCACGCGAACAGUUCGGACAAGGAAGUCACUAUGAGUGCUUCAUGCUUUCUGCCCUCGCCACUUUAGUAAAAUUCCCCGACAUCAUUCGGAACUGCUUCGUGUCGAGGAAUGUGCGGCGUGACGGGAGGUACACUUUUCAGUUCUUUCGUGACAAGGAAUGGGUGAAGGUUGAAAUUGAUGACUCUGUUAUGCUUGAGGAUGAUGAAGUUUUGUUCAUCCGAUCACCCACUAGUCAUUGGUGGCCGCUACUGUUUGAGAAGGCUUAUGCGAAAUUCUACACCAGCUACGACAAUUUGGAGGGUUGUACCUUACAGGAGGCGUACCAUGACUUAACUGGCAACCCCGUGCUCAACAUCCCCAUGGACGCGAGGCUUGCCAAGGCUGCAGGUGUGGAUGUGACUGGAGGUCAGUAUUGGCUUGACCUCGCACAGAAGCUGCAAUCCGGCCAGUUUGUUGGUUCGCUGCUGACGAGGGAAACGGACCUUGAGUCGAUGGGCUUGCAGAGUGAGCAACAAUACGGGAUACUAGAGAUUUUUUCGCUAACUGGGACAUCAUCUGUAAGCGACAUUGUGAUUCACCUAUACAACCCAUUCGAGGACGAGGAAUUCACGUACAAAGGCCCGCUGAACAGUAAGGACACGGAGUGGACCCCCAAACUCCGUGAAAAGUAUAACGUGGAUGAUACGCACUCCAUAUUUCUUCCGCUACACGUUGCCCUGAAGAUCGUAAAUUCGGUGCAACUUUGCUACAUAUCCCCUAUUGAUGGUGACGCGACGUAUUUUGAUGAUGAGUGGAAGGGUGAAACUGCGGGAGGGAACCCCACGAGUGUAACAUGGCGCAAGAACCCCCUAUACUGCGUCAGGAACGCUGGGAUCAACCCCGUGGAACUGGUUGUCGUGAUUAAGCAGAAGGAUCAACGACGUUACAUGUCUUCUGAGGAGCGAACCAUGUACCUUCAAUGUGGCAUUGUUGUUGUUCAGAGUACCACAGUCACACAAAUACCGACAUAUUUUGUAACAGGGAACAAUCACAAAGCAAUACACAAGAGUUUGUUCCUAAACUCUCGUGAAGUGUCCAGUUUCGUUCGGAUACCACCUAAUUCCUUGUGCUACCUUGUACCUUCUUGCAUGAAGAAGGGAGCGGAGAGUGCAUUUACGCUCGCACUGUACCGAGUGAAACUUCAAGACUACAGCAAUAUUCUGAUUAAGAAACUUGAGGUCCCCUCUAUGGAUUGGGGACAUUGUGCCAUUGGAAAGGUUACGUUGGAAACAAAAGUGAAGGAACGGGUUGAUUUUUUUGUUGACUGCCCUACUGACAUUCACAUUUUGAUGCAUCAAGAAAAACCGUUUGUGAACAAAGUUGGUGGUGAUAUUACAACUCGGGAUUACGUUGGUGUCUACCUUUAUGAUGACACGGACCGUAAGAUUGGAGGUGUGCACGCUGCGACGAAUUUCAGGGAAACAAGUGUCUUGCAUCGCCUUCCUCGUAGUGGUCGUUAUGCUAUUUCAAUUACGUGUCCCCGGGCAAGUGGUGAAGUACCCAUUGCUCUCACAAUUGUUGGUUCUCCUGAUGCUAAUGUUCGUAUUGUUGAGGCUCCUGAUGAUGCCUCCAUGUUUGAUGAUGAGGAUGAUAUUGCAGAGGGUGAUGAGGAUGCUACUGUUUCUAAUCCCAUUGACUACAUUCCUGUUGCUGGUGGAGGGCAGGUGUUCACUGAGGUACCCGAUAGUACGGUCCCAUUUGAAGAUAAACGUUUCAUGGUUGAUAAUAAGAUUAUGACGAAUGAACCGUGGAUCCACAUUGGUGACCUUUAUCCUGAGGGAAAGACGCGCUCACUUUUGCCGGAGCGUCUGAGUCGUGAGCAGUUUGAGCAGGGUGAACACUUCGAGUGCUGUUGUCUGACCGCUUUUGCAGCGCUGGUGGAGCACCACCCCAACGUAAUUCGUGACGCGUUUGUGACGAAGGCUGUACGACGUGACGGACGGUACACGUUCCGGUUCCACCGCUACGGUCAGUGGGUGAAGGUGGAGAUUGAUGAUCGUAUUCCCCUUCUUGGUGGGAAAACUUUAUUCUGUCGAUCAUCUGAUGGUUAUUGGUGGCCACUACUACUAGAGAAGGCGUAUGCUAAGUUCUACACACUAUACCAAAAUAUUGAGGGAUGUACGCUGCGGGAACUGUUUUACGACCUAACAGGGCUUCCUGUGCUUAGCAUUCCGAUGGAGUUGAAACUCGCGAAGGCUGUACUGUGUGAUGUUGAUGAUGUGAGUUUUUGGGUUGAGCUCAGUGAGGGUCUGAAGGAUUGUGCGUGUGCUGCCGUUGCACGCCCCGGUUUCGAUGACACCCUUGGUUUGUCCAAUGGGCAAGAGUACGCUGUCCUUGAUGUGGUAUCGUUAACGGAUGGUGAGGCCUCUUCCAUAUCUGAUCUUGUUGUAAAACUUCAUAAUCCGUUUCUGGAGACUGAGUACAAAGGCCCUAUGAAUGCAAGCGAUGCUGCGUGGUCGUCUGAGCUGCGUACCCGUCUAUGUCCGGAGCGACGGGAUACUAUCUACAUUCCCGUGGAAGUUUUCUGCAAUGCAUUUCUCACUGUGGAGAAAGUUAUGGUGCGUGGUCUUAUUGUUCCCGGGUGGCAAUUCAACAGUGAAUGGGGUGAGGGCACGAACGGUGGCAAUCCAACACUUGUGACGUGGCGUGAGAACCCCAUUUACGUUGUGCAGAACACUGCGGAUACCCCGUUACAGAUUAUUGCAAUGAUUGGGCAACCUGAUCAGCGUCGCGUGCUACACCUUCUCCCCGAGCAAGAGGUAAACUAUGUUCAAUGUGGGUUGGUUCUUUCUCAGUGUACAUGUAGCAAUCCUGUACCAACAUAUUUGGUGACGAGUAACAACCAUCGUGUUGUGCACAAGGGUCUGUUCGUGAACUUUCGUGAGUCGGCGAAUAUUGUUACCAUUCCAGCUAACUCUAUGUCGUACCUAAUUCCAAGCGCGAUGUUUCGUGACAAAACGAAGUUUCUUCUCUCAUACUGGUUUCAAAAAUUGCCUGACAUGAAAUUUAUCAAAAUCAGUCGUAUCAAUGUGAGUGUUGCGCGGUCACUACCUGCAAUUGAGCACCUUGAGCUGCAUAACCAUGAAAAGAAACGCGUGGAUUUUCUGGUUGAUGUUCCCACUGAUAUUCACAUUCUGCUUCGUCAGGAGAAACCUUGUGUGACGGUCCGUACGCACGAUGCUAUGGCUGAUGACUUCCUAGGGAUAUAUCUGUACAACGAGGAUGAAAAGCGUAUUGAUGGUGUGACCGCUGCGACGAACUACAGGGAAAUGGGGCUUGUUCACCGGCUUGCCACUGCGGGGAGAUACGCUCUGUCGAUCACGUGUCCUCGGGGAACCGGUGUUGUGCCGUGCCGUGUGGAGAUCGUUGGCGUGGAAGAUGCGAAGGUGCGUAUCACCGACCCACCUGAGGAUGCUGGUAAUCUGUGUGAGGUUGACCUUCGCUUUCUGGGUUCUGAAGCUGAGGGUGUGCCUCUUGAAGACCUUCCGCUCGAUAGUGACGCCGAUUUGCAAGCUAUAUUGGAAGAACUGAGACGCCUGCACGGAGACAUUGAUGCGAAUGCUGAGCCAAUUGCAAAACAUGAGAGGAUGAUGAGUGACCGAGUUCAUAAGAUGGCGAGGCAGCUUCUUGCUAAGGAUCGUUCGAAGUACUUACCAGGAUACGAUCUUCAAACGGUUAAUUCCAUACUUGACGCGGAGCCACAUUUUGUCGUUUUAGAGCGCGAUCGGUACCACCUAAAGGGUGAUCCCAGGAAUGCCACGAAGGUUCGGAAUGUAGAGAGAAGCCUUCUUACUCUCGCUAAUGAAAUUCUGGAAAAACACGAUGACCCUGACUUAUCUUUCCUUGGAGCCGAGGUGGAAGGAAUUCCCACCCUGGAUCUCACUCUGAUGAGCGACUCUUCAUUUUCUGAGAUGGCACGUGAGCGCAUGCAAUUAAAGCGGGAUCCCAUUGCUAAUGCGAGUCGUUUGGCUGAGGUUGAAGAUAGUAUGGUGGCACGUGCGAAUGCUAUUGCCAAGGAGAUGCAUUUGAGAGAGCGGCGAUAUCUGAACCCUGAGCCUGAGGGUGUCCCCCUUGAGUUGCUUCCUUUAAACGAGGACGAAGUUGUGAGUGAGAAGGAGGACCGCCUCCGUGCGCUGAAUCGUAAGGAGCGAAAAGACGAGAAACUGUUACGGAGUCUUGAGGACGUGAUAGCGGACCGUGUACACGAGAUCGCGAGGGAGCUGAAGCUGAGUGAACGUGAUCUGUUCCUUGAUCCCACUCCAGGAGGUUUCCCUGUAGCGCAGCUUCCGCUGGACGAAGACGAUGUGUUUCAUUCACUCGAAGUGGAGCGACUGCAACUGCGACUGCGUCAGGAUUCCCUUGCGAAUAAGACAUCAGAGAUCAAAGAACUUGAAAGUUGGUUGAACCGUCGAGCGUGUGAACUUGCGCGUGUGAAGGUAGAGGAGGGUCGAGCGUUUCUAGACCCUGAACCUCUGGGGUUCCCACUUACCGACCUUAACCUUGACGGAGAUAGUGAGUUUGUCAAGCUGGAAUCGGAACUUCGUAAGUUGCGUUGGGAGCCGCGUGUGAACAGCACUGCUAUGAGGACUGUGGAGGAGGAUAUUGCUCGCGUUGUAUACCGCAUAGCACUGAGGAAAACGUGUCUCGAUCGUGACUAUCUUGACGCGGAAUAUGAGGGUCGACCUGUGCAGGGGUUGCCUCUGAAUGAUAGUAAGGAGGUGCUUGCGAUGGAGACGAGGCGCCGGGUGUUAAUUAACGCGAAGGCUGACCGUGACGAAAUCGGUGUUGCAGAGAAUAUGAUACGUGAUGCUGUGCGUGAGAUCGCUCGCGCUCUGAAUGUGGGCGAGCGCUUGGACUACUUGGAGCCAUGCCCAAGAGGUGUCCCUGUAGAAGACCUCCCCCUUGACAUGGAUACGGAAUUCCACGAGCUUGAGGUGCAUCGGCAACGUCUCAAGUGUGAUGCGAAGAAACAGGACACAGUAAUAAUGGAUGUGGAGCGUGCACUGAAUGAUCGUGCGGAAGCCCUUGCGAGGGAGCACUUGUCGAGUGACCGUGGUUACUUGGACCCAGCAUCUGUUGGUGUGCCGCUUCGUUUGCUACCACUUGAUAGCGAUAGUGUGUUCCAGGAGCUUGAAAUUAAACGUGCGCUACUGAAGAAGAACCCUCAGAGGAACGGACGUGCCAUCUCGGCUUUGGAGGGUGGCCUGAACGAGCGUGCACACGUUCUUGCUACGGAAAUGAAGCACGCGGAGCGAUCGAAAUUUAUGGACCCUAACCCUGGUGGUAUUGCCAUUGAGGAUGUUCCUAUUGAUAACGACGAGGUUUUUUGUGAUCUUGAAAUUCGUCGGUUUGGUUUGUGCGAGGACCCGCAUGCUAAUAUAGCAGCGAUACGAAAUCUUGAAGAUGCGAUGAAUGAGAGGGUGAUCGAACUGGCUGAUAAGAUGCGUUGUGAGAUCCGCAUGUUUCUGGACCCGAUGCCAUUGGGGGUGUCCUUAGAUGAGCUGCCCCUUGACAAUAACGAGAGCUUUGUUGCGAAAGAAGCUGAACUGCACAAGCUUCGGAAGGACCUGCGGGCAAAUGGUGCCGAUGUUGCUUUGCUGAAGUCUGACUUGAACGAGUUAGCCAAGCAGAUGGCGGCGGAGAUGAUUUCUAAAGAUCGUGCUUUUCUCUUCCCUGAGCCUGAGGGUCGUCUACUGGAGGAAUUGCCUCUAGAUAGCGAUAAGGAGUUUCGUUCUCUUGAAAAGCAACUACGGCUUCUUUGUAAGGAGUCUCCUCCUGAGGCACAGAAAAUUGCUGCCAUUGAGGAGUUGCUGGAUGGUCGUGCGCAUCAGCUUGCUAAAAUGAAGAACUGUGCGGAGCGGAAGGAUUACCUGAUUUCUCACCCUUGUGGUGUACCUUUGGAUGAUGUGCCACUGGACAAUGACGAUGAAUUUUCGAUGCUUGAAGUGAAACGAGCUGCGCUAAUGCGUGACGUGGUGGGUAACAAGGACUCAAUUGCCAGUGUGGAGAAGGCCCUGAAUGGGCGAGCGGAAAAGCUUGCGUUGUUAAAGUUGCGUAGUGAGAGGUCGUUUCUCGAUCCUGAGCCUCAUGGCAUCCCAUUGCAUUGUGUACCUCUUGAUGAUGAUGAUAACUUUCAUUUGCUAGAGGUGGAGCGCUUGACAUUGAAGGGUCUGAACAUUCGCGAGAAUGAUCGUAAGUUGGUGGGUGUGGAAAAUGCCAUGAGGGACUACGUGAAUGAUUUAGCCCUUGAGGUGAAGCGAAAAAUGAGAGAGGAUGUUCUUGACACCUCACCUGAUGGUCUUCCGUUGUCGGUGCUUCCUCUUGACAAUGACUUACCGUUUAUUGAGUUGGAGAAUGGAUACAUUAAAGCUGUUUUUGAUGCUAAGGAUACUUUGAAAAUCCAGGACCUUGCAGGGGCGAUGCGAAGACGUUCUGAGGACAUAGCACGUAAGCUGCGAAGUGAUGUGAGGUUAUCUCUCGAGCAACACCCACUCGGCUUUACUCUAGACGAGCUUCCCGUUGACGAUAGUGAAUUAUUCUUGGGAAAAGAAAGGGAACUUCUAGAGUUGAAGCAAGAUGGAAGAUACAAUUCCCCAACUGCUAUUGAAAUCAUGGAGGAGCUUAACAGUAUCAUUUUGGACAUUGCCAAAGAACAAGCAAUUAGAGAGCGCGAAUUCCUUGACCAAGAACCGGAAGGUCGACAUAUCACUGAGUUGAAUCUCGAUAGCGAUACGACAUUCCUCGGGUUAGAAAGGCAGAGGAGAUUACUCAAGAAGGAUCCGUUUGCUGAUCGCAGUAGGAUUGUAGACUUGGAACAAAUGCUUAACGAUCGUUCGCACGAACUGGCGAAAAAGCUCAACUCCCUAGAUCGACCUAAAUUCCUUCCCGUCGCCAUACGUGGUGUGUUACUGUCUGAACUUCCCCUUGACAGCGAUGCUGAAUUUACCCGACUUGAAGUUGAGCGCAGCUCUCUCUAUCGCGAUCCCGUACGAAACGCAUCAACAAUAAACCAUGUGGAGGAAGCCUUGAAUAUCCGAGUAGCGGCUAUGGCCGACGAAGUUGUCCGCCAGGAUCGAAUGUUCUUGGGCGAGGAUGUUGAAGGUGUUUGUGUGCGUCACUUACCUCUUGAUGAUGACGCAGAGUUUCGUGCCCUAGAAACCAAGAGGGCGACAUAUAAAAGUUGUGGUUCUCGCAUGGGCACGAAGGCUAUCAAAGACCUUGAGGAUCAGCUGGGAGAUCGUGCAGCUGAGCUCGCCCGCACUGCAAAGAAGGAACUUCGCAACCUUCUCGGUACAGAACCCCUUGGUGUCCCACUCAGUGAUCUACCAAUUGAUGUGGAUGGUCGGUUUCGUGCGCUUGAAGACAAUUAUCGUGAUCUUUCUCGUAACUCUGCGAACGGAGGGAAGCUUUGUGAGAUUAUUCUACAGUUGAACGAACGUGCGCUUGAACUGGCGGCGGAGUUGCACACCAAAGAGCGAGUUGUGCUAAGUCAAUGUCCUGGAGGUAUUCCACUGUCUGCACUUGCGCUGAAUGAAGAUGAAAUGUUCAAAGCUCUCGAAACGGAAGCUCGGAAGCUUAGGCAUAGUACUGCUGGUCGAGGUCGCAACGCCGCUCGUAUUUCUGAACUUGAGAGCGCGAUGAAUGAGCGGGCGAUGGAACUGGCGAACCAGUUGCGUAGGACAUACUGCGACGCCGCUCCUGAGGGGAUUCCACUGGAGCUACUUGGCUUGGGAGGGGUGGAGGAGUUUACGAAACUUGAAGAUGCCUUGCGUGAUGCGACGAAGGACCCCGUGAAGAAUCGUGAGAUAAUAAGUGACAUUGAGUUUGAACUGAACAGCCGUGCACACGUUGCUGCGAUGGGACUUCUGGAAGGCGACCGCGAUUACCUUGAAUGUGAAACCAUGGAAGUACCACUUUCUGAUUUGCCUCUGAAUACGGACAGUGUUUUUCGUGCGCUUGAGGUGGAGCGAGCGGUGCUGAAGUUGAGAGAACCUCACCGUGGCGCUCGUAGAGUCCGGGAGUUGGAGUUGAAACUCGUCGAGCGUGCUCACAGGCUUGCGGAAGAACUGAAAGAGGAGGAUCUGAGUGGUCUUGAUGGUGAGCCUGAGGGUGUAUCAUUACGUGCACUGAAACCACACAACGACUCUUUGUUCAGUGAGUUUGUUGGAGCGAUGCGAAAACUGAAAAGGGGACCGAAGAGAAACACUGUUGCUAUUGAGGAAUUGCGGGAGCGUAUGAACGAGCGUGCGCACGAGUUGGCACAGGAAAAAUUGAAGGAUGACCGGGAGUUUCUGGAUCAGUGUCCGGAGGGUGUUCCGCUUAGUGACCUUCCCUUGGGUACAGAUCCUCUUUUCCACAAGCUGGAGACGGAACGCGCGAGGUUGAAGGAGCGUGACGCUGCUCGGAACAUAACCCACAUCCACGAACUUGAGAGUCGUCUGAAGGAGCGCGCAGUUGAGCUGGCAAAUGAACAGAAAGGUCGUGAUUUGAGCGAACUGGAGCAGUCGCCGUGCGGCGUGCCUAUAUAUAUCCUGCAGUUACACGAUGAUCCCGUGUUGCAGAAGAUGCUGAACAAAAUGCGUGGAUUGAGGAACCGCGGCGUCACUGGUCCCGAGUUUGUCGCACUCAUUGAUGAAAUAAACAACUGUGCGAGGGACGCUGCCGAGGAGCUACUGCUGCGGGACCGUGAGUACCUUGAACCUGAACCUCUCGGUGUACCACUGAGCCUUCUAUCACUCACAACGGACACUGUGUUUCAUGGUCUGGAAGUGCAGCGUGCGGUGCUCAAGGCGCAAAAUGCACGUCGGAACGCAGCGAAGAUUUCUGAUUUUGAGAUGCGUUUAAAUGAACGUGCUGUGCAACUGGCAGAAGUGCAACGGCAGCGGGAGCUGGAGGGGCUUGAUCCCGAACCUGAGGGUAUUCCUAUAUCUGUGCUUAAUCCUCACGGAGAUGUGGAAUUUAUUAAGCUUGUAACUGAGUUGCGUCAAUUGUGUAGUGAGGGCAAUAAUGAGGGCAUGUGUGAUGUGCUGAAGACCACGAUGAACGACGUUGUGCAUGCUCUGGCGAAGCGAUUGAAGGAGGGAGAUCGUGGCUACCUCGACCCUGAGCCCGAGGGUGUUCCGCUGUGUGUGCUGCCGUUGGACACUGAUGUGUUGUUUUUUAGGCUAGAGUGUGAACGUGUGACUCUGAAGGCACGUAAUGCGCACUUAAACGCGAGGAGAAUAUGUGAGUUGGAGGACGCACUCAAUAACCGUGCAGUGGAACUUGCUCGCGAGCAACUGCGGCAGGACGUUAAUGGUGUGGACGAGGCGCCGUGCGGUAUUCCUCUGCAGCUGCUACGACUUCACGAGGACAGUACCUUUCUUGUGAUGGUGGAUGAUAUUCGCACCCUAAGGAAGAAUCCGGAUGCUAACAGCGAGGCGAUUGACGCCGUUGUCAUGUCCAUGAAUGAUCGCGCCUAUGACGUUGCGAUAGCUCAAUUUGACCGUGGUUUCCUUGAUCCUGAACCCGAGGGCGUUCCAUUAUGUAUUUUGCCACUGGAUGACGAUGAGUUGUUCCAUGGUAUGGAGGUGGAGCGGAUUAAACUGAAGCUUACUGAUGCGCGUCGCAAUGCGCAGACGAUUGGCACACUGGAGGAAGAAAUGAAUGGCCGCGCACACGAACUCGCAUUGCAGCAGUUGCGUGAGGAGCUUUCCGGUAUUGAUGCGGCACCUGAAGGCAUUCCCUUGUCAUUGUUGAGGGUGAUGGAAGACCCUGCCUUUGCACUGAUGGUGCUGGAGUUGCGUGACCUCAAGAAGGGCACCCAGGGUAAUGCGGAACGGAUUCGGGAGGUGGAGGACGCUAUGAACAACCGCGCUUACGAACUCGCGGAUGGGCUGCUGGAGGGUGAUCGCAGCUAUCUAGACCCUAUUCCCCUCGGCGUACCCGUCUCGGAACUUCCCUUGUGUUCCGACGAACCGUUUGCCACUAUGGAGGUUGAACGAGCGAGGUUGAAGGCCGAAGACGCACGACGGAAUGCAGCAGGGAUUGGAGAACUUGAGUUGAAACUUAACAACCGCGCGAAGGAACUUGCGUCUGAACAACUAUUACGUGAUUUGGAAGGAUUCCACGACGAGUAUGAAGGGAUUGACCUUGCGCACCUGAGGCCACACGACGACAAAGAAUUUGUCUCCCUUGUACCGGAAUUACGGAGGUUGAAAAGAGAUGGUGACAAGGAAGCUGUUGAGCAACAUAUGCGCAGCAUGGAUAGGCGCUUACGUGAGCUUGCGAAAGAGCUUGUUGGUGGUGAUCUUUGGUUUCUUGACAAGGAACCGGAGGGUGUUCCCUUGACGUACUUACCUUUGGAUGGGGACGAGAUUCUCGACAAAUUGCGCCAUGAACGAGCUCAACUAAAGAUACAAGAUCCGCGGGGGAAUGCUGACAGAAUUGCGGAACUUGAGAGGAAAAUGAAUGAACGUAUUCAUGAUCUAGCGAGGUGUAUAGGAGAUGAGGAUUUUGAUGGUGUUGAGGGAGAGCCUUGUGGCAUUCCGUUGAGUUUACUCUCUCCUAGAGAUGAUGAGGUUGUUGCAAAACUUAUCAAUGACAUUCGUAAAGUGAAAUAUUCUACAGGGGAGAAAAGCUCGAAUGGUGCGCUGAAUAACUUGCAGGUUGAACUUAGCAAACGUGUACACCAACUAGCAGAGGAUGUUUUAAUAAGAGACAGGGUGAAGUACCUAAACCAGUGCCCAGAAAGUGUUGAUAUAUCUUUUCUUCCCCUUAGUACUGACGAACAGUUUCGUGCCUUGGAGUUGGAGCGGGUCAUUAUUAAUAUCCAAUCGAACGGUGACGACAAACGUUUGGACGGCUUAGAAGAUAUGCUUAACAAGAGAGCGCAUGAGCUUGCAAAGGAACAGCUGCAGGAGGACCUAAGAGGACUGGAACAGGCUCCCCAUGGUGUUCCACUUGACGUUCUUAAACCCCACAGCGACUUACGAUUCAUUAAAGAGGCGGAACAGCUACGGAACUUAAAAAGAGACCCGCUUCGUAAUAAGAGGGAGAUAGAUGACCUUGUGGAGCAAAUGAAUAAUACUGUUGGUGAACUUGCCCUGAACUUACUACGUAGCGAUCGUGACUACUUGCAUUUGGCUCCUGAGGGAGUACCGAUUGAAGAGCUUCCACUGGAGGUCGAUGCAAAGUUUUGUGCUUUGGAGGCGGAGCGUGCAAUGUUAAAAGGCGAGAACAACCCGAAGAAUGCGAGUAUGAUAUUAUCUUUGGAAGAGAAAUUAAAUGAGCGUGCUCGCCAGCUGGCUCAAGAGCAACUACUGGAAGACCUGAAGGAAUUGAGUUCUUUUCAGCAUUGUGUUCCUCUCUCACUUUUAUCGCCUCAUACUGACGUUCAGUUUGCUGCUGAUGUUGCUGAAUUUCGACGACUGAAAAAAGAAGGGGAGCAAAACACCCCUGCCAUUCAGGGCGUUGUCGGGAGACUUAACGCACGUGCGAAUGAGCUCGCGGAAGAGUAUUUGCGUACCGAUCGCGCAUCGUAUCUUAACCCUGAACAACUUGGUGUGCCACUUGACUUGCUAUCUUUGGACACAGACUCUGAGUUCGUGUCACUGGAAGCUGAGAGGCUAAAAUUGUUGUCCUAUCCGGCGGUUAACAAUGAGCAAAUAACUCGUUUGGAAGCUGAGUUGAAUGCAUGUGCCAAAAAAUUGCUUGUUAAAAGAUUGUAUAAAGAAAGGAAUUAUCUGGAUAGGGAUCCACUUGGCGUGUCUCUGAAUGCUUUACCUCUUGAUACGGAUUCGCAGUUUCAUUUCAUGGAGCUGAAGCGGUUGGCUUUGAAGGCAGGAGAUCCCUGUUGUAAUGAAGUCGCAAUCAAUACUUUGGAGGAGAGAUUGAGUGACCGUGCAUACGAGUUAGCAAGGGGGCAAAUUGCGGAAGACUUGAGUGAUCUGAUAAGUGCUCCCAGGGGUAUCCCGGUGAGUCUCCUUCAUCCCCAUAAUGAUCCAGAGUUUCAUGAGAUGGUUGUUAGUGUUCGACUGUUAAAGAGGGAUUCUCAACCUGAUCUAUCGAAACUUAUGAGGCUGGUCGAUGACCUGAACAGGAGGGUAAAGGAGCUUGCAGACUGUGCUGUAGGUACAUGCCGGAGAAAACUCAACCCACUCCCGGAUGGUAUACCCCUGCAGUCGCUUCCCCUAGAUGAAGAUCCAUUAUUCAGUCAGAUGGAGCGUGAUCUCGUUUCAUUGUUCCUUGAAGAUGAGAAAAAGAAUGCCACUCGGAUAACUAAGCUGGAGGACCGCCUCAAUGAACGUGCGGCGAACAUUGCUGUCUCUGUAAAGGCGAAGGAUUUGGAGCAGUUGGAACAGACGCCUUGCGGCAUACCUAUUGAGCUUUUAAGGCCCCAUGAGGAUUCAACUUUCGCCUCACUGGCAAAUCAAUAUCGCAUUUCCAAGCACCUGGGGGGGAGUGAUUCACACGGCGUGAAUGUUGGAACCCUGAACAAAAGGGCUACGGAAAUAGCCAUAGAGCUUCUGAGGGGCGAUCAGAGUUACAUUGAUCGUCAACCUUGUGGGGUUCCUUUUUCCGCUUUGGAAUUGGAGAAGGAUCCCCAAUUCCGCGACUUGCAAGUUCAGCGGAUGAGGAUGGUACUUUCAAAUCCGAAACGCAAUCUCAACAGAAUAACUGAACUUGAGGUACAACUUAACUCGUACGUUCAGAGGUGUGCGCAGGCGUUCUUGGCUGCUGAUCGUGGAUUUGUUGACAAAGAACCUGGGGGUGUACCGCUCGCGGAGCUAGACCUUGACAAUGAUCCUCUCUUUCAUCGAAUGGAGGUAGAACGAGCAAAGUUGAAAAUAAGAGAGCCAGUCAUCAACGCCUAUCGGAUACGUAAUCUGGAGGAAAAAUUGAACGAUCGCGCUCAUGAGUUGGCAGAGGAAUUGUUGGCCACUGACCUUGAGGGAAUUGCGCCCGAACCCGAGGGAGUUUUGUUGGCUUCCUUGCACCCGCACGACGAUGCCGAAUGUGCCUCCCUCAUCGCCGCAAAACGGCGGUUGCUAAAGGAACCGUCCCAAAACAUGGAAAAGAUUAGGGACGUUCAGGAAAAGUUGAACAACCGCGUGUUUCAGUUGGCAAGGGAGGUAAUUUCCAAGCUCCGUAAACAGUUGGUUCAAGAGCCGGAGGGGAUUCCGCUGGAAUUCUUACCGCUUGACGCAGAUAAUACAUUUCGCAGCAUGGAGAGAGAUCUCCUUGCCUUGCAAGCUACUCCUCGACGUAAUGAUAUUAAAGUGGAGACCUUGAGGGGGAGUCUGAACGAACGCGCGUGCGAGUUAGCAAGGGGUCAAAUACAAUGUGGCCGUGGAUUCCUUAACCCACAACCGGAGGGUGUUGAUCUCGAGCACCUUCCCCUUGAUGAAAAUGUGGUGUUUCGAAGCAAGGAGGUAGAAAGGACCAAACUCAAAAGGUGCCCUCACGAAAAUGCAGCCGCUAUUACGCAGCUAGAAAGUGAUCUGAAUGCCCUCGUACACAGCAUCGCAAAAGACAUAAAAUUAUCAGACCGUGCAUUUCUGAACCUAACGUCACACGGUAUCCCGAGGGAAUUGCUACCACUUGAUGAGGAUCGGAGCUUCACGACGAUGGAACGUCGGCGAAGGAGACUGAAACGUGACGGCAACCGUAGGGCCACUGCAAUGAUGAAUCUGGAGGAAAUGAUGCAGGAUCGUGUAGAUGACUUGGCUUUUCGCAUUUUGCGAGGGGAUCGGGGUAACUAUGUCACUCUUCCUGAUGGGAUUGACGCAGCAGACAUUCCUAUAGAUACUGAUGAACGUUUCGGAACCUUGGAGUUGAGGCGCGCAGUCGUAAUGUUACAGGGUUCGGAUGAUUGCAAGGAACAAGUGGGGAAGUUGGAGCACCAGAUGAGCGAGCGACUACAAGAAUUAGUCAGGAAGCGGGUAAAAGAAGACAGAGAUUUCCUUGAUCCGGAACCUGAGGGCAUUCCAUUGAAGGAUAUUCCACUUGACUCCGAUGCCGAGUUUAGGCAUCUUGAGGCGCGAAGAAGAAAAAUCCGUCGCGAAUCGCGUCGUCGAGUAACUAAUGUCGCCGAUCUGGAGGAGGCUAUGAAUGAUCGCGCACAUGUACUUGCAAGGUGUAUCGUCGCUGAAGAUGUCGGGCACCUUCGGCCUGAUUACCGAAGGAUUCCAACCAACGAGCUGCAUCUUCAUAACGAUGACACGUUUAGGUCACUCGCUAGCAAACGUCGGGAGCUGCUACAGGUGGGCGCAGUCACCGUUGAUAUUGCUGCCAUCGAAGACGAUAUGGACAUCCGGGCGCUGCAGGUUGCUGAUGAUGUAGUAGCGGAGGAACGGGCCUUUUUAGACCCACAACCCGGGGGCAUGUUUAUUGUUGACUUGCAGCUCGAUGAAGAUGAAACAUUCUUUGCACUUGAGCGUGAGCGGCGGAGGAUGAGAAAGGAUUUCCGUUUCGCUAAGCGGAACAAGGAGGCCAUUAACGACCUUGAAGUCAGUCUUAAUGAACGUGCUUGUGAAUUGGCAAGGGAGGCGUUUUCAAAACAACGCGAUUUCAUGGAUCAGGAGCCCGAAGGUAUUCCUCUAAAGGAGCUGCCUCUUGAUAAUGACUUGAUUUUUAAAGAUGCUGAAAUUUCUCGAUACGUGUUGUUGAAGGAUCCAAAACAUGCAGCGAAUGAAUUAAUUGCCUUCGAAAACGUCAUGAAUUGUCGGGCGCAUGAGCUAGCGAAGGAGAUCAUUGCAAAAGAUCGUGACUUCCUUGACCUUGAACCUGAUGGCGUCCCUCGAGAAGAGUUGCCGCUUGAUACAGAUGAGAGGUUUCAGGUAUUGGCACAAGAACAUUUUCGAUUAAAAAGGCUGAAUGGAAAUCUGAAGUCCACUGAGGUAAGAGUUUUAGAGGAAAAAAUGAAUGAACGUCUGCACGAACUUGCCAAAGAAUUCCUUCAAGAAAAUCGUUCAUUUCUUGAUUCAGAACCAGAAGGCGUUCCGAUAGCCGAUGUUCCCUUUAGAUGUGACCCUACUUUCGUCGAAAUUGAACGAGAGUUACUAAAGUUGAGCAGGAAUCCGGUGGUGCCCGAUAGCGCGAAGCAAAUCGUUCGUGAUCUUCUAAACAAGAGGUUGCAUGAGAUCGCUGCGGCUUUUUUGAAGAAAGAACGAAUAUUCCUCGACCCUGAACCCUUUGGUCUUCCAUUGGCGUGUUUACCACUUAAUUAUGACCACAUCUUGAAUUUACUUGAACGAAAGCGGCGUGCUCUCAAAAAGAACGGGAGGGGAGAGAUCAAAACAAUUCGCUCCCUGGAGGAAGAGAUCCAAGAUCGUGUUAACGUUAUUGCAGUGGAGUACUUGGAGAUGGAACGGAGUUUUCUUGACCCCCGACCCCGGGGAGUGCCUUUGACCUUACUUCCUCUCAAUGGUGAUUGGCGUUUUCGUAGCAUGGAGGUUGAGCUACGGGCACUACGGAAGAACCAAACGAAAAACCGAAAGGAUAUUGAAAAAAUAGAGGGAGACCUUAAUCUUAGGGCGACGGAACUGGCAGGAGCCUUUCUACAAAAACAUCGUGUUUUUAUCGAUCCUGAGCCCCUUGGUGUGCCCAUUGAAGAAUUACCUCUUGACUCCGAUUCCAUCUUUCACAAUAUGGAGAGUAUGUAUCUUCAAAUGGGACGAGAUAUCCCGAGAGCAGCAGAACUUCGAAGAAUGGAAGAGGAAAUGAAUGACCGAGUACGUGAACUCGCUACCGAGCAUCUUCAGGGAGAACGCGCUUUUUUGAACCAAAAACCUCAAGGUAUACCACUGUGUGACCUAUCGCUUAACAACGAUAGGCCGUUUCGUGACAUGGAAAAGCGACUCCGUGCCCUUCGCAAGCACCCUCGUAGCAACACCGAAGGUAUCAAAACUAUUCAAGACGAAAUGAACCAACGAGUAAAUGCAUUGGCUCGUCGCAAAAUAUCUGAUGAUCGAAGCUAUCUUCCGCUUGAGCUUCAUGGCGUUCCCGUAUAUGACAUUCCACUUGAUGAUGAUAGGGAGUUCAGGGACCUUGAGAUCAAACGGCACAGAGACAAAAACCUAUCACCCGAGGACGCUGUGUUAGUUCAACGGGUUGAAGAAGAACUGGUCAGCCGCGCUCUGGAUAUCGCAAAAGAUUUUGUGUCGAGAGAGCGCUCUUUUCUAGACUCUAACCCACAAGGAGUUCCAAUAAUCCGUCUUCCGUUGAGUACCGAUGAGCAGUUCCGAGAAUUAGAGACGAGGCGCCGCCACCUCAAAAAAGAUCCGAGGAAUGCGGGCAUAGUCGCACUGCUAGAGCAGCAGCUCAGAGCGCGAGCACACGAGCUAGCAGAGGGACUAUUAGGUUGGCAGGAUGUUCAAUUUCAUGAAGCUAACCAUUCCGUAGCGGAGAUGUGGCCGCGAAUCGGUGAGUUGUACCCUGAAGGAAUCCGAAACUCUGUGUUUCCGGAAAUAACACAGCCGGGCGAUACUUCAUCUGCGCCUGGUGAACUUGGCUAUUUAGCACCUUUCAUUGCCGCUCUCAGUCAACACCCGCCUCUAAUUCAUCGGCUUCUGGAAACGAAAACACAUCCCGUUAAUGGUCCAUAUUCUUUCAUCUUUUUUGAUCCGAACAGCAACCCUGUUCGUGUUGACAUUGAUGACCGUGUGCCAGUGGAUGCGAAGUGUGAGCCCAAGUUUACACGCGUGCCACACCGGUCUUGGUACCCGCUGCUGCUGGAGAAGGCAUAUGCGAAGUUUGUUGGUGGGUACGCAAAGCUCGACCAGUGCACACCACACGAAACCCUCCGUGAUCUAACGGGCCGUCCAGUGCUACAUAUCCCUUUUGAUGAUCGACUCGCAGAUGCAGCGAAUACGGGUGACUUCCGAUCUGUGAAAUUCUGGAAGGGGAUUAAAAGGAACCUCGCGGCUGGAGAUGUGAUCACAUGCAUAAGCAACCACGAAAGUGUGGACGGCCUUCACUCUCAAUGCAGUUACGCUCUCCUUAGUGUAAUCGAAACUGUGCAUGAAUCGAAUGAUGUCUCUGACAUCGUGAUCAAAUUACACAACUGCUACUACGAUAGCCCGACAUACGACGGCCCACUGUGUAACGAUGAUGAUAACUGGACCGAUGGUUUGAAGAGACUUUGCCAUUAUAAUCCUGAGGAGGAUGCACUUUACAUACCUGUUCCUGUGUUUCUGCGUAACUUCUCGAGCAUGCAGCGC